GCUCUGUUCGCCCCUGAGGAACUAGCGUGGAGUGGGACCAGUCCCGCAGGGAGAGCUCUGGGCGCAGCCGCUUCCAUCUCCGUCUUCACCUCCGCCGCUGCUGCCUGGAGCAGGGACGCGGCUUAGGAAGCGCAAGCGAAGCAUCGGUCCCCGCGGUCUUCAGCCCCCAAGGUUGGGGGUUGGAGGACAGCCGGACCCAUGGCCGACUUCCCUUCCAAAGUCAGCACCCAGACCAGCACCCCGGUGCAGGGUGGCGCCCAUUCCACGCUGCCGGGACUCGGCUCUCUUCGGCCAGAUCUAGGCUUCCUCCGCUCUUUAGUGGGAGCCUUGAUGAUCCUGGAGAUCGUGGUGGGUUUGCUGGUCUGGGCCCUGAUUGCGGACACCCCUUAUCAUUAUUACUCCAUCUAUGGCUGGGUGAUGUUUGUAGCCGUCUUCCUCUGGCUGGUGACAAUCAUCUUCUUCGUCCUGUACGUGUGGCAGCUACAUCUGAGAUUCCCCAUGGUACCCUGGCCUUUGGUGCUAAUGAUAUUUAAUAUAGCUGCCCUGAUUCUCUACAUUACUGGAUUCAUCACCUGUGCAGUGGCAGUUCAAAAAACAUCAAUAGUUGGUUCUCAUACAUUCGACAAAAGGGCUGCAGCUUCCUUCUUUGCAUGUGUAGUGAUGAUCGCCUAUGGAGUGAGUGCUUUCUUCACCUUCCGAGCCUGGAAAGGAAUAGGCAGCAAUGCAGCUACUAGUCAGAUGGCUGGUGGCUAUUCCUAAAACCAUCAAUGCCCAUGGACCACCUUGGUACUGAAGUCUACAUGCCACAGUGGAGGAGCCUGGACACCACUGGUCAUCACAAGGAGGCUUAACAAGCAGAAAACCAGCCCAGCUGUGACCAAAUCUGCUAUCCUCUGCUGAUGGAAAUUUGUGUUUUCACCCCACUCCUAAUGGAACACAAUCCACCACCUUGGAUUGGCAUAAAUUGGCAUUUGUGAGCAGGGGCAGGAAAAAGUACAAAGAAUGAAAGGGUCAAAGAUGUUAAAAGACCUCACCGACUUUAGACAGGGAAGGCCACCUCUCAGGAAGUGGGAGUUGUGGCCAUCCUUGCUUUGAAUUUGUAAGGCUUCAGUUUCCAGGGCCAGGAAUUCAAACCCUUUUACGGCAUUAAAUCUGCUAACAAAUAACACCUCAAACCUUGUAAUCCUAUCCUGUAUAUACUGUAAAGGUAACCAUGGUAAUGGGAUAAUGAGGAGUAGUAGUCUCAGUUUUCUGAAAAGACUUGAUCUACUCAAGGUAGCUAUUGGAAUUCCUCAAAUCUGCAACCAAAAACUGAUCUCACCUCAAACAAAAAGCCCAAUACAGUGAGUAUUUGGCAACAUAAAACUCUUGUCUUCUAUCUCAAUUGGAAAAAGAACAAAAUGUCAUCUUCACUUUCACAAUAUCCAUGGCUAGUUAUGGAACAACAGUCAUAGUUCAUAGGAAAGGCCUAUAUUUAUAAGUAAAAAUAAACCCCAUUAAUAGGCUACUAAAAUAAAUAGAUAGUGCUCAGGUACUAGUUCAAGAUCUCACUAACAUAUAGAGGGUAUGUCCAUGAGGAUUUGCACAUUUUAGAAGCUUGUGUUUAAUGGAAAACCUAGUUUUUACCUGCUUCUCAAAGACACUUGCCGAGUUUUUUCCCUUUACAUCAUUUUCAUCUACACAUCCUCUUGGAAAGAGCUAAACACCAAGACUAACUGACUUCCUGAAACCACUGGCUGAGCCCAACGGCUAUGGAUUUGGGAGUGGGUAGCUCACAAGCGUGCCUGAUUGUUUGAUAGCAAUGAUUUUGUUCUUUGUAUAUAAAUAAAGACCAUGGAAACAUUUA